AUGAAGGCCACAUACUUAAUUCUUCUACUGGUUGUAAUACUUAGUGCCUUCUCUGAGGCGCAGACUUCAAUACCUGAGAAGUCUACCACAAAAAACGAGAAUACAGCAGUGCCUGAGAAGUCUACCACAAGAAACGAGAAUACCGCACUGCCUGAGAAGUCUACCACAAAAAACGAGAAUACCGCACUGCCUGAGAAGUCUACCACAAAAAACGAGAAUACCGCACUGCCUGAGAAGCCUACCACAAAAAACGAGAAUACCGCACUGCCUGAGAAGCCUACCACAAAAAACGAGAAUACCGCACUGCCUACUACAAUAAAGCCACAAAAUAGCGCAACUGAGGAAAAAUCAAGCGGUGACUCGAAUCUUCUUUCAGUUGUCAAAGAUCUCAUGCCAUGUCCACCUGGGAAUAAAUUACUCGAUGGUUUAUGCCUACCAGAUCUCAUAGGUAUUUAG